CUUUAGAUCUGACUGCCGAAAAUCCCUUGUGGUUUCUAAAUACCACCGAGGAGCAGGGUAUCAUAUACUACGAGUAUCUACCUGAUAUACAUGAUAACUAUGCUUAUAUUAUUGAGACUAAUAUUGAUCUCAUUCGAUUAUGCUACCAAUUUAAAGAAAGAUACACCAAAGCUCUCCAAUCGGCCUGAGAAGCUAUUGGAUGCUGAACAUGAUGUUUAUUUUACCUUUCAUUUUAAUCUAUAUCUGUUAGAAAGUGCUCAUGCUUCUCGAUUUACAAAAGUAUUACUUUUAGUUAAACAGGUUAAUCAUAAACGUGCACCUCAAAUAAAAACCGCUCAUUAUUAUGUGUCCCCCAGCAAGUCCACAUUAGACUUCAUCUUAAAGCAAACAACUCCAUCAGUAGCAGCAAUUCUGAUGAUUAUAAGAAUAAUGAUUAGGAAAAAACAGUUCUCACGUUAA